AUGGCCAAAACGAGUCAGCUCAAGCGGCUCAAGGAGACGCUCAAGAAGAACGAUCUGACGGGCCAGACUAAUGUCAAGGGCAAUAAAAAGAAGAUGAACAGCGGCAAAAACCGCCAGGACAGAGACAAGGUGCUGUCUGACAUCCGGCAGCAGUUCAACCCUUUCGAUGUCAAGGUGGCCAGGAAGAAGCAUGAUAUUGGAGGCCGAACCGUACGGGGCAGUGUGGGACGACCUGGACUGUCCAAGCUCAGUGGCGAGGAAGCCCGUAUGGAGGCUCGAAAGCUGGAGUUGCAAAACAAGGGACGGGUUGGAGGAGUGUUUGACCGGCGGUUUGGAGAGGGUGACUCCAACAUGAAUCCCGAGGAGAAAAUGCUGGAGCGGUUUACGCGGGAGCGACAGCUUCGGUCGAUGGGUGGUGGUCGAAACAAGUCGAUUUUCGCUCUUGACGAUGACGAUGACGACGCCGACGCUGAUAUGAUGCUGACUCACUCUGGUCAGGCUCUUGAUUUCAAGGACGAUUUUGAUCAGGGCGAUCUGGGUAUUGAGGCCGAGGAGGACGAGGAGAUGGCAGCCAUUCUUGCCAACCGACGCAAGCUAGCAGAGGAGCGGGGUAUGGGUGCUAUGGGAGUCAAUCUGGAGGAGAUGGACGGAGUUGAUAUGGAGGAGGCGGGCACUGGCCGAAAGAAGAGCAAGGAGGAGGUCAUGAAGGAGAUCAUUGCCAAGUCCAAGUUCCACAAGGCCGAGCGACAGGCAGCUCGUGACAAGGACCAGGCGAUUAUCGAGGAAAUGAACGACGAGGACACCAUGAAUGCUCUGAUCCGGGAGCUGGGAUCUAUCAAGGCCAAGAAGGUGGUGACAGCUCUGGACCAGAAGGAGAAGGAGUACGACCAGAACUUCCGAAACAUGAUUCUGGACCGUCGAGCCAAGCCUCAGGACAGAACUAAGACUGACGAGGAGCUGGCCAAAGAGGAGGCUGAAAAGCUCAAGAAGCUGGAGGAUGAGCGACAGGCCCGAAUGCGAGGCGAGGUUGCCAUUGACCAGGGCGAAGGCGAUGAUCUGGACGGCAAUGUGGCGUUUGACUUUGAGAAUUCCGAGGAGGAGGGUGAGGAUGAUGAAGACGAGGCCGAAGAUGAUGAUGAUGAAGAUGUUGAGAUUCAUGAAGUAGAUGAAGACGAAGAUGAGUCUGGCGAUAAAUCUGGUGAUGAAUCUGGCGAGGAGGAGACUACAAAGUCCGAGCCAGCCUCAAAGUCUUCCUCCUCCACUCUAGCAUACACAUUUCCCAUCCCCAAAUCACACAAGAUGUUCUUGGAGACCACAUCGGCCUACCCUCUGGACCAGCUGCCCACCAUCAUCGACCGGAUCAACGUUUUGCAUCACGCCUCGCUCAAGGAGGGCAACAAAGAGCGUCUAGCCAAGUUUGCAUGCGUGCUCAUCGACCAUCUCAUGUACCUCGCCGACGAAGAGGAGGAGGACGACUUUGAGUGUUUGUCUGAAGUCGUCGCUAAAGUGCACACUUUGGCGGAAACUCACAGUCCUACUAUGGCUGCUCACAUCAGAAAGAAGUUGGAGGCUCAUCAGGCCGACACUACAGUUACGGCCGGUCAUCUCAUGCUGUGGACUUUGAUUGGCAUGAUUUUCUCCACGUCCGAUCAUUUCCACCUGGUUGUGACGCCUGCGGUGCUCGUUAUGACCCGUUUCCUGUCUCUGUCCACCUUUGACUCCAUUCCCAAGUGCAUUGCCGGGCUGUACACCGCCCAGCUGUUGAUCCAGUACCAGCGAAUUGCCAAGCGGUUCAUUCCCGAGAUUGCCGUCUUCCUGGGCCGUCUGAUUGCUGCUCUGGAAGGCACUGAGACUUCUCUUCCCAUGGCUUCUCUUUUCAAGAUUGCUCCUAUCAAGGGUUUCACUCCUGGUAAGGCUUCCCACAAGUCUACCGAUAAGACCAUCUCAAUGAGAUCAGCCAACCGAUCCAUUCUGAGCAAGAAGGAGGUGGCCACGCUAUCUCAGGAGCUCCAUAACCAGGCCGUGUUUUCCGUCUCCAAGCUCAUGGACACAUACAAGGACAUUUCAGCCUUCCCUGAGACUUUCGAGUUCUGCGAGAACAUUCCCGAGCUUGCAGACAAGUAUAGCCGAAUCACCAAGUUCAAGUUGGCUGACCGAAAGCCUCUCACUCUACACAAGCACCGACCCCUGGCCAUCAAGACCAUGGCCCCCAAGUUCGAGGAAAACUUCAACGUGGACAAAAAGUCGUACAACCCGGAUAUGGCGCUACAGGAGACCCAGAAACUUCGAGCCGAGCUCAAGAAGGAGAAGAAGAGCGCGCUGCGGGAGAUCCGAAAGGACGCCGCCUUCGAGGCCCGAGAAAAGAUCCGAGAACGACGAGAGAAGGACGACGCCUACCACGAAAAGAUGGCUCGACUGGUGCGAUCUGUGCAGACCGAGGAGGGAGCCGAAAAGAACGCCUACGAGAGAGAACGGGCCAGCAGAAAGCGAAAGCGAUAG